CUACUAGUACUAGUAGGUGAGUAGAGGUGAAAGUAGCGCUAGCACCUACGCUACAGCUACGCCGGUUUUCUUGCUGCCUCGAUACCCCUUGCUUUCCGUCCGAAUCAAGCAAGGGUCCCUGCACUAGCCGCAUGUCAUGAUGGCGUCUGGAAAUGAAGCAUGCAGAAAGCUGACUUUAGCGCGAGAUGGUCUAAUACAAGAUCUCAGCCCUAUUCUCUUUCUCGACCAACUGGUACAUCGAGAAGUAGUGGUGCCAGGCGCAGCCGUGGACAGGACACACGCUGCAAUGAAAAAUCUGGGCAGAACGGACGCUGCACGUGUGUUACUUGAAUACCUUGAACGUAAAGUCGCUGCGGACGCGAGCGUUCUGGACAAGCUCAUCGAUUCCCUUAAAGAAUCGAAUCAAAAGCACUUAGCCGAACUGCUCAGAAGACCUGUCCCACCUCCUGUGCAAGCAGCCGGGGCAACGCCAGGAAAUGAUACCACAUUCACCGCAGUGCAACCUACAGGCAUUAAUGAGCUUGACAGCUGCCCGCCCAAGGAUAUAGCUGCCGGAAGUGAACUGUACGAUCUUAGUAAAGAGUCGCUUCAGGAUAAGAGCGAUCAUGCAGACUCUUCCGAAUGUGUACCGUCAGGAGUGGAUGUGCUUCGCCGAGGUCGUCCAAACAUGGAGAUGGAGUUGACGUGGCUUCUUGAUGUGGAGGAGUUUGGUAGAUCCAUAGAGAAACAUUUAUCCUCAGCUAGCUGUGAGGAUUUAGCACGUCAUGCUGUGAAGGCGGUCGACGAUCCGGUGCAUAAUUUUCGCAACAUUGUGACAAGAUGGAUUCGGGACAACGAGAAGGGCAGGGCUGAACUCGACAACGUUCCUGGUGUUCUCGCGUACUACAUGACUAGCAAGUCCAAACCUACCUGCCAACAUCUUCUAAACAUCAUCGAGAAGAUCAAUCCAGGCAUUGCACCCAAAGUCAAAGUCAUUAUCAACUCUGCAAAAUUCGACCGAUCAAUGCUAACCCAGUGUUGAGAGUUUAGUUGAGAGCCAUUUCUUCGAUGGAUGAAGUCAUUGAAGGUUUAGUUGUGGACCUUCCGAUGUUGGCAAGGGAAGAGAGACAGAGACUUGGAGAGAAAUAGAAGCAGAUAGUAAGAGAGAGAGAGAGACAGAGAGAGAGAGAAAGAGAAAGAGAGAGAGAGAGAGAGAGAGAGAGAGAGAGAGAGAGAGAGAGAGAGGGGCAGGCACUCGAGUGCACCUACGUUUUCCCACUCACCUAGCACAGCAUGAGUGCUGCACGACUUGCCUGCCAAAUCUGCCGUAUCUAUUCACGGUAUAAACUAUUAAGGACGUCGAAACCUUCCGUUCUAUUAAUUGUUCUAUGGCUUAGCGCAAAAAUUAAGAUAUCACCAGGCCAAUUAUCGCCAGUGCUGGGGCCAUUAUCAUCAAUAUAAUUUUAAUUUUCAUAAGAGCGAUGCCGACAUUAGCUAAUUAGUAGUUGUGGCAUUAGUACGAAGUAUUAGCAGUGCAUGUUGAUUCGAUGAUAUCUAGUUUGGCUUGCAAUCGAAAGAGAUGGAAUGGACCACAUAGACGUCCUUGCCACUCGUAAUUUCUCUUCCUAGCACUUGAAAGGAACUGUGAAAUUAACAUGCUGCUGGAAUAUUUACUUAUGUAUAGUGCACAAUCUUUCAAGCUUGA